CGUACUGCCAGGCGCUUCUGGGAUUUGUAGUUUUUAAAGGUUAUACGUACGUCUGCGGAAGUACUUGAACGCUCGCACAUAGGUCACAUUUGGGAGCGUCUAGUAACGUCCUCUCGAGAGCAAUGGAAGCAACGAAAGCGGGUGAGAUCCAUUUAAGACAUGUGGAAAAGGACGUGCUCAUCCCCAAAAUGAUGAGGGAGAAAGCCAAGGAGCGCUGCGCCGCCAGAGUUGAAGCUUUCAACCACUGCUGCAAAGAGUCAGGCUUCUUCAUGGUGUUCAAGUGUCGAGAGGAGAAUGCUGCACUGAAGAACUGUCUGACACAACACUAUAGGGACCCUGACUUUUUUGAAACAUGUAAGCAGGAAUACAUCCAGGAAAAAAUGGAGUUUGAGAGGACUGGGAUCCCUGCAAAGAACAGACAACAAAAACUCCCAACUACCAUGUAACCGCUAUAUGACACAUUUGACUUUUUUUUCCCCCAAUGUUCUUUUUCUCUGGAUUUUCUGAUUCAGUUUUCAAGGAGGCAUUUUUUUUUCAUCGUUCUCUACAAAUGACAAAAAUAGGGAAACUUUUAUGCUCCUGGUUGGCUGCAUUUUAUGGAAAAUUACCAUCCUGUCACAUUGCAUUUAACGAAAAAAAAUUUUCAUUUUACUUUCAGUAUGUAAAAAAACUUGAAAUGUGAUGUGCUAUGCAAUAAAAUGACUAAAUAUUCA